UUACAUUCCAGUCAUUCCAGCCACGGCGAACAAUCGGCCCUCAGUUAUUUAUUCGUGCAGCUCGCAGCUCAGUCUGCUCAGUCUGCUGCUCGCUGCCCGUCGGUGCGCACACAUCCAAAAAAAAAAAUCGUACAUGGAGGAAAACUGGAGGAAGAAACUCGUGGAAAUUUGUGCUGAACAGAGCGCGAAACACUAUUGAGAUUAACUCUGUCCUGUGUGUGUGUGAUCAUAACAUCAUUCGAUUUGUGAUUCCUGACGUGCUCAAACUGCCACCUCUAGGCUGUUUUUAUUGUGCACAUUUUCCCACUGAUUGAAAUGAGAACAGCUGAAGACUCAUCUGGAACGGUCCUGCACCGUCUCAUCCAAGAGCAGCUCCGCUACGGGAACCUGACAGACACUCGCACGCUUCUCGCCAUCCAGCAGCAGGCCCUGCGUGGAGGCAGCAGCAGCAGCGGCGGCGGCGGAGGGGGCACGGGAAGUCCUCGUUCCUCUCUGGAGAGCCUGACUCAAGACGAGUCCCAGUACAUACAGAUGUCAAAGAGGCAAGAGCCUCAAGGCCAGGAGCACCAGGGGGACAGCCUGCACUCUGAGAGCCAAGUGUGCCAUCUGUAUCAGCUCCAUGGAGAGGAGCUGCCCACUUAUGAGGAAGCCAAGGUUCACUCUCAGUACCUGAUCUCUCAGCAGGGGCAAGAAGGGCCCAGCAUGGACAUAAUGGGGAGUCGCAGUGAGGGACAGUGGGAUUUGAAGAGGGAGCAUGCUCGCUCCCUCAGUGAGAGGCUCCUGCAGCUUUCUCUGGAGAGGAAUGGACCGAGACAAAGUCUGGCUAUGAGCUCUUCGCACAGCUACCCGCAGCUGUAUAAUAAUAAUAAUGUUACAAAUGCCGUGGCACCUGAAAAGCAAGGGGCCCAGCAGUGUGUGGACCAGCGUGGGCCACCUCCGGACUAUCCUAUCUUUGCCAGACUUCCUGAAUACAUGGUCAGCCACUCGCAGGAGCAUGGACAGUACUGCAGAGACCCUCCUCCCCCCUUCUACUCGCAGCAUCACAGCAGGUAUGUGUCCGCUCAGUCCCAGGUGGCUCACAACAACAUCACCGCAGCCUUCGGCAAUAACUCAGCGCAGACCGACGUGUUGAUGCGGGAGAACGAACGGCUCAGGAAGGAGCUGGAAGUCUACGCCGAGAAAGCAGCCAGGCUGCAGAAGCUGGAGUUGGAGAUUCAGAGGAUAUCUGAAGCUUAUGAGACUCUGAUGAAAGGGUCUGCCAAGCGGGAAACUCUGGAGAAAACAAUGAGGAAUAAGCUCGAGGCCGAGAUAAAGAGGAUGCACGACUUUAACAGAGAUCUGAGAGAACAACUUGACACGGCGACAAGACAGCGAGUGGCCAAGGAGGCUGAGUGUUCAGACCAGAGGCAGCACGUCUUCGUCAAACUGCUCGAGCAGAAUGAGGAGCAGCAGCGGGAACGUGAACAGCUGGAGAGGCAGAUACAGCACCUGCGCGUCUCCGGUGAUGAGUGCCAACGGAGGCGAGAGCUGGUUGAGAAGGCUUUGGCCUCGACGCAGGCCCGCAACCGGCAACUGGAGGAAGAGCUGCAGAGGAAGAGAGCCUACGUGGAGAAAGUGGAGCGGCUGCAGAGCGCGCUGGCUCAGCUGCAGGCUGCGUGCGAGAAGAGGGAGACGCUCGAGCUGCGGUUGCGAACUCGGCUGGAGCAGGAACUGAAAAGCCUCAGGGCACAACAGUCUCAGAAUCAGUCGGCUGACCCAACGGCUUCGGAGCUGAGCUCAUCCACAUUGCAACAACAGCUGAGGGAGAAAGAGGAACGUAUUCUGGCCCUGGAGGCAGACAUCACCAAGUGGGAGCAAAAAUACCUGGAGGAGAGCACCAUGAGGCAGUUUGCAAUGGAUGCAGCUGCCACUGCUGCAGCACAGAGAGACACAACCAUCAUCAAUCAUUCACCACGACACUCGCCAAACAGCAGUUUUAACGAGGACCUGCCUUUGUCGAGUCACAGACACCAGGAGAUGGAGAACAGAAUCCGCGCACUUCACGCUCAGCUCUUGGAGAAGGAUGCUGUGAUCAAAGUCCUCCAGCAGCGCUCCAGAUGGGAGCAGGGCAAACUGGAGAAACAGGGGCUUCGUCUCGCGAGGUCCGUCCCAUCUAUCAACACCGUGGCUGGCAGCACAGAGAGUAAAGGAAAGAACCUCUCAGAUGACCAGACAGGUGCUGCUGCUGCGCUGCAACCCCGACCCCGUGUGGUGCCCCAGAGCUCGAGCCGAGACUGCAGCACCCAGUGCGACGAGGCCCUGCAAGAGCCUGAGCUCACGGCAGAGCCCAGCAAGCUAAAGACGGCUGAGGCAGCUACCACUGACACCUCGGAGGAGCCAAAGGCACCACUCAAGACGUUCAAGAGCAUCAACGGCUCAGACGCAGAAGUGGUUGAGAUUCUCAUUUGAGUGCAGCUCGUGUGACCGAACAGCGAGAGCCAACGAUGACUCGGUGAUGAGACUUUUUGGCUGUGAUGUCAAAGGCCUUCCUCGAUGUCUGACCACAAGUGAAGAAGUCUGACGCAAAUCUAAAUCAACAUGCUGAGUCCAGAAUGUGGCACAGUCAUGGUGGAGAGGAGAGCUGAGCUUUCCUCCCCAUGAACGAUUGACAUUUUCCCUCACCAGUCAGAGGUCUUCAAGGUACCUGGACAGUAUUGUGCGCUCUGAUAGGGACUGGGCUGCUGAUGGUGCAUAUACAUAUGUUGUGCAUGUAACUUUUUGUAGUUAUGUAUUUAUAUUUGUACGUGCUGCUCAUAUUGCGACGUUACAGAACAAGGAUCACUCGUCCUGCUCUGCUCCAUUUAAAUUAUUUACAAAUGUACUCACUAGUCUGGGUUAAGCGCGCAACACGGUUAUGUUUUUGAGUUUCUAGUAGCGAGCCUAUUACCAUCCUCUCUGUAAAAAUAAUGGGAAUAUUUAUAAAAAUGACUCACUAUAAGCAUCCUCUAUGUUUUCAUGCCCUGUUUAGGGAUUAUUCUGUGUAACAGAAUCCUGAAUUAACAGUUGCUCCUCUCUUUAAAAUACAUUCGGAGGCCCUGCUCACAGCUCAGCGGAGGAUUUGGAAACUUCCUUUGAAUGCGGAGCCUGCAGAACGUCUGCUCAUUUCUCUCUUAAAAAAGCCUGCGAGGAUUGACAGGGGUCUAAUUUUCCAGAUCCCGGGUUAAUGUUUGGGGCCUCAAAUGGCGACUGCCCAGUAUUUCGCUCCCCUCCGCUGACACUCCGGAGCUAAUCUUCUCACAUUCCCUCGCUGAGGGAAUGCUCCCGUUAAAGAAAAAGGCUAUCUAAAGUCUGACCCCUCGCCCUUGUUAAAAUGGCACGCAUUCUCCACAUGAUUCCUUUUCUGGGGCUGGUUAUUUCUUCUGAGCCCCUCGGUAGCUGGUUCUACCACGGGCUCAGAAAUGGUCAACUAUAAUUGGCCCGCAUUUGCUACUCUAUUUGUUGUCUCCAUCAGUGUGUUAUAUUCAGACGUGUUUUCUCCAUUGCUCAAGUAUCUCACAUUUCUGAGUGGACUAUAUCCUUAACAUGGACUCUUCUAUUUAUUUCUGCCUGCAAGAUUGUAGGAUCACUGAACACUGCUGAAUGUAAAACUGUUUUCCAGGUCUGUGUUUUGUAUUUAACUGGAAUGUGUGCCACGAUUCAGAUUAGUUUGACUCUUCAGAGGGGGAAUACGGCUCAAAAUUCGACAUCAGUAGAUUUGUGAAGAAGCUAAUGUGUAAUCCUUGUUGGUAUUUAUUUCCAGCUUCCAUCCUGACAACAUUAUCAACGGGAGUAUUGUUUGAAGUCCGUGUGAAAUCCCACAUUUGACUGGUAUUCCCCCUUGAGCCUUUUUCAUCAUAUGUCCCGUCACAAUGCGUUUGCUGGUCAAUGCAGUGUGUCAACCCUUCACUUUGUUUGGAAUCUGUUUACAUGAAUGGCUAUUUGAAGUGAGAGAAGUUAAUAUAUUUUGUAGUUGUCGUUUUUUUUGGUUUUUUUUCAUGUAUACACAUUUGUUUUUGUUUCUGGUGCCAAAGAUGUACUCUACUUUUAAGUUAUAUCCGAUGUCAAAUACAAAAGGUUCUGUUCAGGAGCCUUGCUUCAGCUGGUUGACCCAUUUUGUUGUUGCUGUGAACUUUUGUAAAGGAAACAUUUGUAUGUAUGCCUUAACAUUUCACUAUAAUAGAUUAAAAUUCUUAAUAUAUGUCUG